AUGUCCAUGAAAUCUGACACCAAAACGCCCACCGAUCUCCAGAGCCAGCUCCUCACACAAGAUCUCCUUUCCAGGUCGUCGUCGCAACCUAUUUUUCUCUCGUCGGUGGAAGUGGUAGGUGGUGAUACUUUCUCCAGAGAGUUUUUUGGCCGGAUUCUUCGACCAUUGGUGGACGAAAGCGACUAUACAUUGGGCCGAUUGCUCGAGAAUGUCGAUUCCUCUCGUGAUAAGCUCGUGAAAUCCAAUGUUUUCAAGUCGGUGGCGGUUUCACUCCAGUCCGACUACUUGGCUCUGGUGCCAAAAGACAUUGUCAAUUACAACAAUGAGAAGCCCAUCUAUGCCAAGGUGCUCUUUGAUGUGAUUCCAAACAACAUCAACGCUGCAGACUUCUUCCUCAACUACAACACCGACGAGGACCUCAGUGUGACCCUCAAUUACCUCAACAAUAACCUCAACGAAAAUGGCGAGCUAGUCAAUGUAGGCGCAAACUACAACCCAUAUCCACCCAAUCUGCACCUCAUUACAAAUGCAUCUUUGACUUCCAGCUUGGCUGAUCCUUCGUUCAAGUUUGCUGUGGAUCUUUUCAACACUCACCAGAACAACCAAAGCUGGCAGCAUGCUUCGGAGAAUACCGGCGGUGGUUUGAUCGGGUUGCGAUAUACCAGUCCUAGUGAUGCGUUCACAUCUCUUGUGGGGGCGCUGAUUGCCAAAAGAAACAUCCGUGACGUUAACGACGAUGCGCUGCAAGACGUCAAAAAUUGCCAAGGCGACUUUCUCAAAACCUCCAUCGUGAGUCAAUUGCAGUACUCCAAGAUUUCUUUCUUGAACAACUACACCAAAAACUUCCCCGUGUCCGGUUUUGAUGUGGCUGCGUCGGCAGAAUUGGCAUCGAACCAGGAACAAUCCAUCCCAGACCAGAAAACUUUCGCCAAAAUUUCCGUGGCUUCCAGAUUCAUCGCUUCAUAUUUUAACAAUGCGUUGACGACUCAAGUGAGUGCAGAUUUUGGUGGAAUCUUCACCCAAACAGCAGGCGUGCAUGUUUCUGACCGGUUUUACUUGGGCGGUCGCCAAAGUUUUCGAGGCUUCUCCAAAAACGCCGUAGACCCCAAUGGAGGAAAUCAAUUCUACAAGUUGGGCAUUACCCUCUACAGCAGGCUACCAAAAUUCUUACACUCUACCAAAGCUCCUCUUCAAGAAGAUGGUUUGCCCAUUGAGGACCACUCCAAUCACGAUGAAGCCAACCCGCUUCGCUUGUACGCAUCCUCGGCCCUUGCUUCUGUAAGCAACAACAUCUUGCAAGAAGAUAACGCAGUUGCCUCAGCUGGAUUAGGAUUAAAAUAUGUCAACCACUGGGCCAGUUUGGACCUUGGAUAUUGGUUUGCUGGAAGAUUGGGCAACGGCGGCAGGUCUGGCGUUCAUGAUGGGUUCUCCUUGGCGGUGUCUCUUGGGUCGUCUAACCGCAAGUAG